GCGCAAUCUUCAACAUCAAUUUGUUAUUUCAUUUUUUCACAGGUUCUUGCUUGUAGGUACUACGCACCUUUCUAGUUAUUCGAGAAUUUCGGUGUUGGUGAUCAUACAACAAGCGUAUCUUUUUUAUUUUUGUGUGACACUAUCUAUUAUCUAACAACAGAAUGUGGACUCCGUAGCAUCAUCGUUGUAGUAAGUUCCAUGAAAAGCACCGUUUGGGUUUCCUCAAGUUAUAUGGCAUUGUCUUCAAGACCAUGAGGAGGUUUGCCUUAACUUCUUAUUUCUUGUCACUACUUUUCUGGUUGAUCGUGUUCAAUUAUUCGCACGUCUAUGGUCGUGACUCUUUUUCAUCGACUACAAAAAAUAAAUUCAUGGCUGCUCCUCAAGACCAGCACUUAAAAAUGCUUGAGGCCCCGCCUCCUCAUGAGGCCGUAAAGGAGUACGAGAAUGGCCGCGAGCAGUCUUAUUUAGAAGUGCGGGAGCCAAGGUCUGUCGUUGCUGCAGGAGACCAUCAUCUAGUUCAACAUGUAGUUCAAAACCAGCACCCGCCGAACAGGAAUCAGCAUCCAAGCGGGAAUCACCAGAGUCACGCAGAACCUCAUGAGCCUUUAGUUUCGCUGACAUUUCCGGCUGAUAGCCCUUUCCAUGUUGGGCAGAUGAUCCGGGUGUAUAACGUAACGAAUGUUGCGCAAGGAACACUGUGCAAGAUCAUGGGGUAUCACGUCAAAGAUGAACGCUACGUCGUCCGAGACGGGACAGCACACUUGUGGUUAUGGAACAAGUCGGGUUACAUUUUGCUUCUGCCUUUUUACUCUUGAGGAGCUUCAUGUUCUAUCUUGAUCGUCAAGAACUACAUCAACAUGAUUGUAAAUUGAAGAUCCCUUCUUCAUGAGAGGCACUGCAGACACCUCCUGCUAGGCACAGUCAUUAUUUCAUUCAUUUUUCUUAAGGGUUGGAAGUUGACAUCUCUACGCGCAUCUCUAUGGUUUCUUCAAGUAGGAAAGCCAUAGAUUUAGAUAUGCAAGCUAGAAACGCCAACUGUCAACUCCUAGCAUUCAUUAUUUCGACCUGCUACUCUAACCACGACUGUUCAUCAAGAUAAGCGUAUCUUCAAGCUCAAUCUUUCCUCCUACCUCUAAUCUAUGGCGUGCGCGAACCAGAGAUGAGUGGACACAUCGAUUUCGAGCCAACGAGAGAGUGGAAAGUGGUGCCUCCAGAGAUGAUAAUACCAGCUGGCUUAGAUGUCAAAUUGGAUAUGGGAACUGGAUUGAAAAUGGCAAGGCUACUCCCGGAAACAGUUGCUGCGGGAUUACAACAGGAAAUGUGAGAUCAACCUUGUGAGGUACCCACUACAGCAUCAAUCUGGAGUUGAUGUGGUUGUGUGCCCAGCACCUCUACGUCUACACAACAUCCGCAAUUUUAUUUUUCCACCCCUCCAUUACCAUAACCAUUUGAAUUUAUGUAUUAUUAUACCCAUGAUCCCCACAAACCGCGACCGCAGCUCUGUAACUGUAUUUGGACAUCAGUAAUCAUAGCAACGGACUCUUUUUACUGCUAUCUCGUAUGGUGCUGAGCUGUGCAGCGAUGUCCACAUGCCC